AUGGGAAAAAAACUGGCAGGUGGGAUAUUUGGUUAACUCAGUUAAGUAUAUAUCAAAGUCAUAAACUAAAUUUAUUAAUGUAAACGUAAUUAUAUAAAGUUUUUACGUAAUGUGGAUAGUGGAGGAGGAUCUUACGAUGGAGAAAAUGGCUUUAAGAAUGGGAAGUGGAUUGAAAUAAGUGAGGGGUCUUGUGAGAAUGAAUUAAUAACGCAUAGUGGGGAAUAUCGAAAUGGUAAAAAAAUUGGGAGAUGGGAGACAUUUUAUAAAGAAUAUUAUGUUAAUGGUUUUACUUUUCAAGCUGGAGGAUCAUAUAGUGAAGAAGGGGAUGGCUUAAAGAUUGGAAAAUGGAUUGAGUUAGACGAAAACUUUUCUAGAUUCUCCUAAGUAAUCUAUAAAGGCGAAUAUCAAUUUGGCCGAAAAAUUGGGAAAUGGGAAAUUAAAUCUUAAAUGGAUUAGAUGUAAAGAAUUAAACAUUAAAAAUUUAGAGGUGGAGGAUAAUAUGAUGAGGAAGGUUAGGGUUUGAAGAUUGGAAAAUGGAUAGAGCUAAGUCAUGAUUUUUCUUAAGACUUAUAAGUAUUUUACAAAGGAGAAUAUCAUAUUGGCAAAAAAAUUGGGAGAUGGGAAAUUGAAAAUGAAAGGAAACAGAUAGGUGGAGGAUGUUAUGACGAAGGAAGUAGUGGCUUUAAGGUUGGGAGAUGGAUUGAAUUGUGUGAAGAAAGUAAAAGUGAUUCAUUAAUAACUAUUAUUGGUGAAUAUGAAAAAGGGAAAAAAAUUGGAAGAUGGGAUAUUUGGUAUUAAAACUACGCUAAGAAUAAAUUAAUUGGUGGUGGAUUAUAUGAUGAAAGAGGUCUGAACAUUAAGAUAGGGAAGUGGAUUGAAUUAAGCGAUAGAUUCACAUAGGACUAGAAAGUCAUUUAUAGUGGUGAAUACAAAAAUAAUAUGAGAUCUGGGAGAUGGGAUAUUUGGUAUUAGAAAGAUAAUGAAUUUUAAAGAAUCGCUGGAGGAUAAUAUUAAGGCGAUAGCAUUAAGAUUGGGAAAUGGAUUGAGUUGAGUAAAGGAUUUAGGAGUAACAAUUAGCCAUCAGAACAAAUAACUUAUCAUGGUGAAUAUAAUAAUGGUAAAAAAGUUGGUAUAUGGGUUGCAAUGAAUCUAAACUGUAAGAAGCUUAAAGAAUUGAAUUAUAAUAAUUGA